UUUUUUAUUAUGCAUUUGCAGCCCUAGCUGUACAGUGCUGCAAAAUUCUACACUUCCGAACGCUGCACAGCACCAAAUUUACCGCACGCUGAAUGGCGCCCGAAAUAAAUAAUAGAAGAAGAAGCAAAUAUCAGUUGAGCAGACAACAUUUGGAGCGCUAAAAUGGCAAAUGUGCGCUGUUUGCAAAAAGUAAUACGGCUACAAAAGUUUGUGCUGCCAAUCAAUGUACAAAACUGCUGGCUGGCCAUUACCGUCAACACACCCGCAGCCGUUUACAAACUACAACAGCGUUCAUUAUGCAUGGCCGCCUACAGUUUGAGACGCGGCUAUGCCUCGAACAGCGAUAAUUUGGAUGAGUUUCGUGCGCGUGAGGAGCAACGCGAAAGGGAACGCGAUGCAGCCGAGAAGCAGGCACAGAAGGCCACACAGGGCGACGCAGGUGGAGGGGGAGGAGUAGGUGGCAGUGGCACGUCAUCUGGCGAAGAGCAGUCAGCCAAGCAGGCCAAAGUGGAUGGCAUACGAAUACGUAUAUUAGAUGCAGCGCUGCUGCAUGUGCCAGAGCUUGGCUGGACCAAGCAGGCGAUUGUCCAGGGUGCCGAGGACAGCGGCUUUCCAAGCGUGGUUCAUGGCAUGUUUCCCGAAGGCGGCUUUGCACUCGUGUCCCACUUCAACGGCAAGUGUAAUGCAGAGCUAGUGCAGAGUUUACAGUUGCAAACGGACAAUGGCCAAAAGGAGGUGGGCGACCCGCUGGAUUUCCUCGUCCAAGCGGUGCGACAACGUUUGACCAUGAUUGAGCCGUUCAAAAAGCAAUGGCCACAGGCCAUGGCAUUGAUAGCACAACCGGCAAAUGCAUCCACAGCGCUGGCACAGGUGCUCACACUAGUCGAUGAUAUCUGCUACUACUCCGGCGAUCGUUCCGUUGAUUUUGGCUGGUACACGCGUCGCAUUGGCUUGGCCACUAUACUGAAGAUGACAGAGCUCUAUAUGCUGCAGGAUACCUCACCUGGGCACGCUCAGACGUGGGAGUUCCUUAAGAAUCGCAUGGAUGAGGCUGUGCAGCUGCAAAUGGCUUUGGCACAAACUGAAGGCAUGACACAAACAUUUCAACGUUCCUUCAACUCUGCUUUCAUAACGGCGCGCAACAUACUCGGACUGGGCUACAGUCGCCAUUAGCUAAGGUGCACCAAAAAUCAGCAAAUGUCCAAAGAACAAACGAGUGUUAUGUAAAAAUAUU